AUGCAAAAUGAGAUAAUCGAACUCAGUGAUUCAGACAGUGAUAUCAAUAGUAAAAGUAUUCGCCCGCUGGUGAAGGAGGAGUCCACUGUGACAGAAAUAUCGCACCGCAAUUCCGAAGUAGCUAUCCUGAAGGUAAAGCUGACAGCCCAAAGCAAGCUCGUUGCGGACCAGGGCAAGGAGUUAAAUAAACUCCGCAAGCAAAACAAGCAGUUCAAGAACGAACGAGAUAUUCAGACUGCCGAGAUCACAGGCCUUCAAGACGAGUUGAAGAAUAUCUUGCGGCAGCUCGAUGACGAGACGGUCAAAAAUCUCAAUUUCAAUAUGAUUGAGCUAAAUAGCUUGAAGUCGAAUGUUGUCAUGCCAAAUGGGACUGCUGCUGAAGUUAUGUGGAAUCAGGACGUUGAUCAAGACAUGUCCGACAGCUUCGCAUCCAACCGUCCUAUACCCAAAGAUGAGCCCCAAAACGCAGUAUCGACGCAGCCCCAAACACCCAACGCUUCUGGAUCUAGUUUUACUGCCAUAAAAUCAGAGCCAGAAGGCCCGAAAAUUGCCGUUGUUAUUAAGUCCGAACUUGAACACGAACCUGAUCUGAACGCCCAUGUUACGUUUAUCAAGAGCGAGGACGGGAAGUUCGACAUCUGGAAUCUUGAGCACCUUCAUCUUGGACCUCCAGUUUCCGUAGAAAAGAGGUUUCAUGUUGGAUUCAGGCGUUCUGUAAUCAGCAACGCUCUUGGGGGAAAUUGGCAAAACACAUUCGUCAACUGGCAAGGUCCGACUAGCAAAUUGAAUAGGACCCCCUACAUGGCCCUUAAACGAUCCUGGAAUCCGUAUCUGCCGCUCGUUCCCGGAGAGCACGGUGUCGUAUUUUGCGGGGUGAAGGAAUUUGAUGAUGGCACGCUCAUUACUGGAUCAGUCGACAUUGUGGUAUCCAGCAAAGCAAAUGAAUGGGUGUACUUUGGUUCGUACGAGACCUCUCGGUCAGGUGAGAUCACACCUCACCAACUUCACCUGCUCCCUCCCCUGGUCGUACGAACAUGGGUGGAGGGAACUCUGAAGUCUGUGUGGGGAAGGAAUUGGGUCGAAGCGACGAAUGCUGAGCUCGUGGACAAAGGGGGUGAAAUUCACCUCAUCGAGCAUACGACACAAGGUCUUCGGGAGGCACUCAGUGAUGGAAGGCUCGUGAUUGGCUUCACUGUCAUGAAAUGCGUUGGAUAUCGUGCAGAGUGGUUCGAUCAGUUUUUGCAUUACCAAGCACAUCCAAAGCCCCCAACAACACAGAAAAGAAAGGAAGGAACCUUGGGAGCCAAAAAACCUUCUGCAAAAAGGGUGAAAGGGAGCACGCGCCAGAGAGAGGUGUCAUCUGAAAGUGACGGUGACGAAGACGAGUUUUCUGAGGUAGAGGACAAGAUGAAAGUACAUUUGGGUUCAGCCUCGCCGGGCACGAGGAAGAGUAGUCGCCUUUCUGCAAAAUUAGUUGGACACUCGCGGGCUCAGGAGGUCAAGUUGCUCUUGAUGAGCAACAAGCUCUUUGCGACGUCACGCGACUGGGGUAUGUUGGAGAAGGAGAUUGGCGAAGUCGUCGAGGAGUAG